UAAGUUGAAAGGUGAAAGGUCAGAGUGGCUGCGCGUACUUGUGUACGGUGAAAAAUGGCGAAACAUCAUCCGGAUCUGAUCUUUUGUAGGAAACAGGCCGGUGUUGCCAUCGGUAGACUGUGUGAAAAAUGUGAUGGCAAGUGUGUGAUCUGUGACUCGUAUGUGAGGCCUUGCACCUUAGUCCGUAUCUGCGACGAGUGUAACUACGGAUCAUACCAGGGACGAUGUGUCAUCUGCGGAGGACCCGGAGUCUCUGAUGCGUACUACUGCAAGGAGUGUACCAUCCAGGAGAAAGACAGAGAUGGUUGCCCUAAGAUUGUGAACCUGGGAAGCUCUAAAACUGAUCUCUUCUAUGAGCGAAAAAAAUACGGUUUCAAGAAGAGGUGAAGACCAGAUUAACUGGACUCUGAAUUUUGACCGUUAUGCUUUUAGAAUUGAAGCUGUUUUCACUCUUAUUUGCAAAGGAUUUUGAUUUAAUAAACAUUUUUGUGGUACAA